AUGGCAUCUAAAAGACCACCAGCGAUGUCGAUUUACAGAGCUUGUCUCCGGGAGCUGCCACCGAUACUCUUCCGGAUACCCAGACUUUCGGAGACUAGGGAAGCCACGGCUGGUGCCAUAACGGCCGCCAGAGCUCCAGCUGCCCUCCAUACACGCCGGCUCGCCCUCCAUAACUGCCUUAGACGAGCCAUCCAGAGAAAUAGCUUGGGUGAAUUAUCGCAAAUGCAAAUGGGGGUCGCUGGGAUACUCAGGACUCAGCAAAUGAUUAGAUACCUUGAAGCUCAGCGAUCUUACAUUGAGUUACUCGAAAGAUAUAAUGCUGGACUAUUGGGAGGAAACCAAGAUAGAAUCCGCAGAGCAGCAAGACGUGUCGGCCUCGAGAUCGCCGGGUAA